AUGGACACCCCAGUUGAAUUUGCUGUGGUUGUGCCCUGUCGGUCCUUCGAAUACGAUCCGCUCAACCCAUUCGACGAACACUACUUUGAUCGCACUGUUGACAAGAUUUUGUCUGAGGAAGCCAGUAUGGAAGAAUCCCGACACGAGCAAGAUGGUGUUGAGGGACAGAGUGAACUGAAAGAUGACAUCACAUCUGAGUCGACUGUACAAGCCACCUCUGAUAGCCGAAUUGAGGACAGCGCAGCACCGCGCUCACCUCCACCUUCAACCUCUGCACCUUCAAACGAGUGGGCCCCCGACUAUGAAGAUCAACAUAUCUUUGCCUCUGUGGGCAAAGAAAAGCGAGUUGAGGUCUUGGUGGCUAUCUCAAAGAUGCCGUUCAUGCUCAAACACCCAGUCACGACCUCGGAGAGAACCAAGUUCACGAGUGAAGUGAUUGCUCUUGCGAAUGAUGCGGGUAUCCAGCAGCCCUAUGUAGAUUCUCUGGUUGAAUUCGUGCGACAGACUUACUUCUGGGAACAUGAAAUUACUCCUACCGAGAGCAAUGCUACCACCUUCGGAGAUGAGAUCAAUGAUCUGGAAGAACUUCCCAACCAACCUGUGAAUGAUGAGGUCAAAGACAAACAACCCGCCUCGAAGAAGAGACGGCGCAGCGCAGCCUCUUCCCCAGUGAUCUCCCGACGAGCCGAGACUUCACCAGAGACUCAACCGGCAGCCAUGAGCACCCCGGCAGGGACCGCCCACCAAACUCCUGAUAUGAGCUCCAGUGGAACCAGGAAGCCGAAGAAAGUUGCCUGUGCUGAUUGUCGGAGGCGCAAGCGCCGUUGUUGUCAUAAUGAAUAUCGUCCAAUGGAUCUCAUCAACGCCAAAGACGACGCAAUUAAGCCCCUCGAUCUUCCCACUCCUUCUGUUAAGCGCGCACGGAUUCAGAAAGAUACACCAGAUAAGCAGGAUGACGCACACAAGCCCCUCGAUCUUCCCACCCCUGUCGUCAAGCGUGUACGAAUCCAGCAGGACAUGCCAGAUGAGCAAGAAGAGGCACAAAAGCCCCUCCAUCCUGUCACCCCUCCUGUCAAGCGUGUAAAAUUCCAACAAGAUACGCCAGAUGAGGAGUUUGUCGACGCACUCGAACAACCGGCCACUCCAGAGCAGGACAAUAUUUCGAACUUCCCCGAGAUUAUCAAUCUACUAGAGGAAUCGACCCUCGGUGACCCGGAAAAGUCGGCAGAGGCAGUAGCUCCAGCCGACAAUGUGGUUCCUGACAACCUGCAAACUCUCGCUGACCAAGAUACCAAAUCUCAACCCCCAAAGAGAUCGAAAGAUGAGCUGGAAGAAUUCAAGAAGGCGAAGAACCAGCGAAAGCGUGCCCGUCGUAAUGAGAAGAAGAGACGAGCAAGCAUGGGUCUCGACAAGGCUGACGAGAGCGUUGAUCAGCCCGUGCAGAACGAGAAUUCGUCUACCACAGUCCAGAAGAAAUCGACAAACCCACGGGCAAAAGCAAGCAAUGAAAGAAAACUUGCCUUCCACUCCGCAAAAGAAAUCGACAUCGACUCCAACAAAAUCCUACUUUUCACCUCUUUCCAAGAACCCAGUAGAGUGGGAUGUGGAUUUUUGAAAACCAGUGAUUUGCCAGGUUUAACUCCCAGUGAUGAGGUUAAAUCAAAAUACUUCUCGAAAGCCGAUCAACGCGAUGACGUUCAACCUGGAAGACAACACAGCCCUAUUUCUCCCACCCAUUUGAUACCCGAACAGAUUGACUGCGUCCCGAACCGCCCAGAGAGAACCGCCGAUUGUCCCCUUCCAAAUCUCCCUCCAACUCCCCAAACGCCACGCCGCAGAUACCCAAAGCUUUCCCCCUAUUUCCCAGUUGCACAGGUUGACCCCGAAUCAUGCCUCCCCUUUCCUCCAAUUUAUGCACCUUCGUUUGGCCUCAUACAGGAACAGCUGGCACACGAUCCCUUCCGUUUGCUUAUUGCCACAAUUUUCCUGAAUCGUACCCGAGGGGGCGUUGCCCUACCGGUAUUGUUUCAAGUAUUUGAACGAUACCCAACGAUCGAGGCGAUGGCAAGCGCAACCCAGUCUGAUUUGGUGUCCAUGAUCCGAUGUCUGGGGUUCCAGAACCAACGUGCCCGAAAAUGCAUCACCCUGGCCCAAACUUGGUUGACAGAUCCCCCAACCCCACACAAGAGAUACCGAAGGAUCCACUACCCGCGAGAAUAUGAUGGCCGGAACGUGGGUCGCGAUGAAUGUAUUGAUGCAGAAGAUCUACGUGUUGCGUGGGAAGUUGCACAUCUACCAGGAGUUGGGGCCUAUUCCCUCGACAGCUGGCGAAUCUUUUGUCGCGAUGAAUUACGAGGAUUGGCCACGGACUGGAUAGGAACGGGGGCCAAGGAGGCUGGAUUUGUGCCCGAAUGGAAGUGUGUGUUGCCCCAGGAUAAAGAGUUACGUGCCUAUCUUACAUGGAUGUGGUUGAAGGAAGGAUGGGCAUGGGAUCACAACACAGGAGACUUGACAGCAGCAAGUGAACAGACCAUGAAAGCAGCCCGAAGUGGUGGGAUAGCCCAUGAAGAAGAUGGGAACUGGGUCUUGGAGACAUCGCCGGUCAAGGCCCAGAACGGACUACAUAGCUGA